AUGAAGACUCUGAUUGUUCUUGCUCUACUGGUGGCCGCCGUUUCGGCUCUACCGCAAUUCUUCGGCGGCGGUUCCGGCGAUCGGCGGAAACUUGGCGGCGGUGGUGGUCCCGCUAUCGGCGGUUUCGGUUCCAACUACGGUCCCAUAGACCGUGGAUACGGUAAUCCCUAUGGCGGUGGAUCCGGUAAUCUCUAUGGCAAAUUUGGCGGUAAGCCCUAUGGCGGUAAUCCCUAUGUCGGCUUUGUCGGUGGAAGACGUCCUGGCGACGGACGCGGGGGUGCUGCCUCUGCCUCGGCAUCUUCGUCAGCCUCCGCAGCUGGUGGUGGUGGUGGAGCCGCCUCCUCUUCCGCCUCUUCAUCCGCCUCCGCUGCCGGCGGUGGCUUCUACGGAUAA